CACAACUUUCGGGCUGAGUAUUUCUCAAUACGAGCUCUCGACGAUCUUGAUGACCGUCCAUUGAGCGGCAGGCUCCGCAUCAUAUACGAGAAUGAAAUUAGACUCGUGUUUGUGGAAUUGCCUUUGUCGGGUACUAUGAUGUAGAGAACCGGGCUUGAAAUAAAUGGCACCCCAUCCCGCUGAAAUCAGCAUGUCAAUCUUCAACGAUCUUUGCCUUUCUCAGUUGUGAUACCCCCCUCCGAUCAAGAACAAACCAUGAAGUUAUCUUGGGCUUUUACUCUCGCAUCUGCUCUGUGCGUGCAGGCCAGCUCAUGGCGCGCUUAUUAUGGCCUCUCCACGGACGCAUACCAGGCUAAGUUCGACGAGAUGGUCGAGCAGGGAUAUCGACUUAACUCGGUCGAUGGGUACGAGAAGAACAAUGAGCCAGCGUUCGCCGUGAUCUUCGAGAAAAGACCCACCACAGCUUGGUGGUCUCAUUCAGGCAUGACAUCCGAGCAAUACCAGAAGAAGUUCGAUAAAUACCUCAACCAGGGCUAUCACGUCGUCCAGGUGAACGGCUACACCGUCAACGGGAAGGAUUACUACGCUGCAGUCUGGGACAAGUCUCCCGUCGGUCCCUGGGCUUCUCGACAUGGCAUGUCGACCGAAUGGAUGCAGAAACACUUCGACGCCUAUGUGGAAAAGGGCUACCGUAUGACGCAUGUGAGCGGAUACGAGGCAGACCAGGAGGCGCGGUAUGCUGCGGUGUGGGAGAAGAGCGAUGACAAGGCGGCGUGGGAGUCGAGGGGGAACUUGACUUCUUCGGAAUACCAGGCGACCUUUGACAAGUAUGUGAGCAAGGGAUACAGGGUGGUCGAUGUCUCUGGAUAUCAGGUCGACGGACAAGUAUAUUACUCGGCCAUUUUCGACAAGUCUUCUUCCGGUCCGUGGGUUGCGCGUCACGGCCUGGAUUCACCCACCUUUCAGGCCGAGUUCGACAAAUACAAGACCCAAGGCUAUGUCCUACGGACCUUCAGUGCCUAUAAUGAUGGAGACGAGCCUCGAUUUGCCGGUAUAUGGGUGAAGCCAACUUAGACUUGGCCUCGUCCUUGAGGAAAUUUUCGGUCUCGCACUAUGUGGUUGAGUUGUUUCAUGCCGCAGCUGGCCAGUUCAUGAUAUCCUUCCCAUUGGUUGCUUGGCUUUUGUUCAGAAUGAAAAUUUUGUUUUCUACGCUGAGUGGUAUCACUCCAGACAUCCGCCGCAAAUCAAGUGUCCUACCUAUCAUAG